AUGGCCCUCAAUGAGACUGGAGUGAUCGCACCGCCUGCCGGGGUCACGCCGGAUUUUGCGCACCCUACACGACAUCUGCACACGGCGAAUCGCGUGGUCGUCAUUGUAGGGACGACUGCCAGUGCCAUCUCUCUACUGGUGCGCAUCUACAGCCGGUUGGUGGUGGUGAAGAAAUGGAUGCUGGAUGACACUGUUCUCGUGCUUUCAUGGAUGUUCGCAGCCAUCACCCAAUCUGUCCUACUCUACGGAUACACACACGCUGGGCUUGGGAUCCAUCAAUGGGAGCUCACAGUAGAAGACUACAACAAGUCACUGAAGGUUCUCAUGGCUGGCGCAGUCAUGUAUAUCCCAGCCCUCGGACUCUCCAAGAUCGGCCUCAUCAUUCUCUAUUAUCGCCUAUCCGAUAUGCAGCGCAGCUGGCGAAUCAUCCUGUGGAGUUUCACGAUAUUUGUCAUAUCCUACAUGGUCAUUCUUGAAUGCUUGUUCCUCUUCGGCUGCAACCCGAUCCAGAAGGCUUGGGACGUAGCCAUUGAGGGGCAGUGCAUCAGCCGGGCCUCGAUUUUCUUGGCCGGCACGUGCGCCAGUAUCUUCAUCGACAUUGUCUUGGUGAUCACGCCUCUCCCGGUGGUGGUGGGGCUCAACAUGGCGCCCAAGAAGCGCGUGGGGGUGGCCUGCAUGUUCGGGCUUGGCGGACUGUCCCUGGUCACGAGUUGUAUGCGAUUGGCGUCGGUCGUCCCAAUGCUGCAUACCAACGAUGAAUCCUAUCGGCUCGGGGCUAUGGUGUUGUGGAUGUAGGUGAUCAUGAAUUCGUGUGGUGUUGGCAGGGUGCUGACCGUCCUACAGCAACGUUGAAGCCAGUCUGAUUAUUGUCACGGCUUGCGUACCAUCCUUCCGCCAGGUGUUCUUCUCCGGCUCGUGGGGCAGCAGUGGCAGUCGGGAGAGGGCUUUGAGUAGUUAUAGCCUGCGGAGCGGGCAGCGACGACAUCGCGGUUUCACCAAUAUUACACUGGACCUUGACCCCGAUCGACCGAAUUCUGUCGAGCGGGUGGUGCCGGGUAAAGCUCCUCAGGAAGAUUAGAAUCAUCUUCGUCCAUUUGAGACGGGUUUCGAGUCAGGAGUUCAUUGGGUCAAAAGAGUUUGAGCUUUGGCAUAUGCAUUUAGAUUGAGCCAACUAUAGA